AUGGCAGCUUGGGUUAGCGGGGAGAGCAGGAGUAAGCGAGUAAGUGUGCUGCUAUUCCUCAUAUCCUUUUACUUGAUGGCUCUGAUCCCCUUCUCAUGUUCUGCUGCUGGGAUGCCCAAUUCCCGUCAAAAGCUCGAAAUUCAGAACCACUUGAAACGCCUCAACAAGCCCGCCGUUGAAAGCAUUAAGAGCCCAGAUGGAGAUAUCAUUGAUUGCGUCCAUGCUUCUAAUCAACCUACAUUCGACCAUCCUUCUCUCAAAAACCAUACAAUUCAGAUGAGACCUAGUUUUCAUCCAGAAGGGCUUUUCGACAAAAACAAAACCACUAACAAGUCCGAACAAAGUUCAAACUCCAUUACUCAGUUGUGGCACUUGAGUGGAAGAUGCCCUGAAGGAACCAUACCCAUCAGAAGAACAACCAAAGAUGAUAUUCUAAGAGAGAUGAGGUGUCGCCGCUGGCUAGGUGGGGACUGCUAUGAUCAUUGUAGCUGCGGUGAAGUAGGAAAGCGUAUCAACAUCUUUCGGAGCAGCUUUCAGUGGCCCACCGCGUACUGGGGAGAUUGGCAAGAGUACGGAGUAGGCCAUGAAGCAAUUAAAGGAGAUGAAGCACUGGUUUAG